UCUGGUGAAUCCCGAGGACUUCACCGGCGAACCCGUUGUAGCUGGCGUCGAGAACUUCGAGAGACGAGAAGGAGUUGAGCGAGAUGUUGAGAUGCUUGAGCUUCGGACAGGACGGCGUCGGCUGGACGAAGAGCUUUCCGGAGAUGUUGUUAGCCGACACGUCCAGCUCGACCAGCUUCCGACACGCAGCCCCCGACCGGAUCUCGAAAGCGGUGAAAGAGUUCCCGGCCAGCUUGAGCUUCCGGAUGCUGUUGGAGAAGCCGAGCGAUGGGAAAGCCCCGGAGAAGCUGUUGUAAGACAGGUAGAGCUCCCGGAGAUUGGUACAGGCAGUGAGGAGCUCUGGAGGAAUCGCUCCAGCCAGAUCAUUCCCGGACAGGUCCAGCCAUUGCAAGCUCUCAUAGCGACCAUCGCCGAAAGACGCUCCAGAGAUCGAGCCACUUAUCUGGUUUUGCGAGAGGUCCAGCCGCCGCAAGCCCGAGCACCUGGUAAGAAACUCGAUUGGAAAACUCCCGCGGAGCUCACUGUUCCUGGAAAUGUUUAGGGACUCGAGCGAGCACGAGUGGAGAGUGAUCCCAGCCAGGGGCUCCGUGAAGUUGCUGGCCGAGACGUUUAGCUGGCGGAGCCGGGGGAGCUCUUCGAUGGUGGAAGCCAGGAGAGAGGCCGGGAGCUCCAAGAACUGGAGGCUCAGGGACGCGACGCGGCCAUGGACGGAGCAAAGCACGCCUUGCCAUUGGCAAGAGGGCGUGCUCGCGUUCCAGCUCUCGAGGCUCCGCGAUGGAUCGCCCACUCCAUUUUUCAAGGAUAAGAGCGCUCUGGUAUCGCUCGCCGCGGCGAGGAUCGCGAUUCCUAUCAGUUGGAGAAGAAAAGCGUGCACGAGAAAGCCUGCCAUGGUGGA